CUGCUUGUCGUCGGUCUAGCCGUGGCUGUUUCAGCCUACGAGCCCAUCGACAAUGACUACCACAACACCAUAGGUGUUUAUGAAGCUGCUCGUAUCAAACAAGCCGAAGAAUCAGCUGAUUUCGAUGGCAGCAGGAUCACAGGAGGAAACUUCGCGUCCCUUGGUCAAUUCCCUUACCAAGCUGGUUUAGUCAUCGCGUUGGUUGACGGCAGACAAUCAGUUUGCGGUGCUUCUCUCAUCAGCAACACCAGAUUAGUUACGGGCUGCUCACUGCUGGGUUACCACUACCGCGCAAGCUCGUCAAUUCACCGUUGUUCUUUGGCUCAAUCCAGCUUUAUUCCCGGUGGUACUCGUAUUCAACACCAGCAAUGUCCGCCUGCACCCAAGUUACAAUAUAUAACAUUAGGAAUAUUGGUCUCGCUAGUGGAAGCAACCAAUAUGUUGGAUCUUGGGCGACUGCAUCUGGAUUCGGUCGUUAUGCUGACGGUUCUGGUGUUUCUACAAGCCUCAGACACGUUAAACUUGCAAGUCAUCACCAAUGACGUAUGCAGACGUACUUAUGGAAGCAUCAUCCUAGCUUCCAACAUUUGUGUCGCUACUCCCAACGGACGCAGUACCUGUGGAGGAGACUCUGGCGGUCCCCCUGGCUAUUAG